CACCGACAUAAUUACAAGAAAGUAUGGCAAUGGUAUUGAUUUCCUGUCAGGUCUGUCAUCCAUCGGGAUUGGAGUGGAGAAAGGAGUCAUGUGUUUGUUUGUUCGUGGCAAGUGCAAGUCUUCAUUUUCCCAACUAUCCCUCGUGUGUAAUAAUUCCACCGUGUAUUAAGUAGCGGCUCUACUAGAAGUACCGUCUCAAUAAAUGAAACAGAAGAUAAUUUGAAGAAAAAGCUCAAGCAUCAAGUAUUGUUA